AUGAUUGAUUAGAUUAAUCAGCUCAAGGAACAAAUAAUUACGCUUUAGUAAAAUGAGAAAGAUUACUAGGAUUUGAAUUUCUUAUUCACUAAUUUAGAACAUAGAUAUAAUCUUUUAGCUGAAGAAAAGUAGAGAAUGGAGAUUGAUUAUAAUCGCAGGCAUGAAUUUAAUAUGCAAUCAGUAGCCAGACACAGAGCAGAAAUUGACUAAUUGCGAAAUGAAUUAAUGUCUUGCUAAAACAAUCAGGAACAAAUGGAAUAUUUGGUUUAUGAAAAUCAAGCGCUGACAGAUGAAGUUAAUAAUUUAAGAGAUGCUUAUACAAAAAUAGUGUAAUAAAUCUAAGAAUAAGAUGAAAAAUAUUAAACCACAUUAGCAGCUAAACAAUAGUAUAUAGAAAGUUUGUAAUUUCAAAUAAAAUAAAUGAAUGACAUAUAGACCCACAAAGAAAAAAAGUUUUAAGCUGAAAAUGAGAAUAAAUAGUAGUUCGUAAGUGAAAUGGAAUCUUACAAGUCUUAAAAUGAAAAACUUACCAUAGACAAUAAACAGUUAAUCAAAUAAAUUGAGAGAUUAGAACUUUAAAUUUAAAAUUAUAAAGACUAACUUAAUCAAAUGACUUAAGAAAUUGGAAAAAUGUAGCAUUAAAUGAGCAUGUUAACUAAAGAAUUAGGAAAUUAAAAUGUAUUUAAUUUCAGGUAUUUUAGAAAGUUUCAGCAAAAGAAUACUAAUUGGAUCAUGAAUUAAAAUCUUUAAAGAAUAUGAACAUUUCAUUACUUUAAAAAAAUGAACAUCUUUAAUAAUAGAUAGAAUAAUUAAUACAUAACAAUUAGUAACUUAUCUUAGAAUGUGACACUUUGAGAAUUAAAUUUGCAGAAUAAGAAAACUCUAAAUUAAUGGUCUAAAAUUAAUAUGCAAAAUCUUUAAAUAAAUUUCAAGAAGAAAGGAAAGUUAUUAAAGACUAUUUAUGUAAAUUGAUAUUUUAUCAUUAGAAAGAUAAAAAGUCUUAAGAGAAACCAGAUUAUAAAAUGAAAAUGAUGUUAGUAAAUGUUUAGAAGAAAUCACUAGAUUAAAUAAUAAGUGA